AUGUUACUCCAGCGCUUUCCUGUGUGCACUCAAGGCGCUCCACAGACCAAAGGCCCAACAAGUCUUGGUCUAUUAAUGCCGGAUGCUGCCAGAGGUCUCAGAGGCAGGAAUCAUUCAGCUUCCAUUCAAAGUGCUCGUAGUGGAUCUCAACCUCCUUCUGCAAGAGCAGGCAGUAUAGGACAUGCACGCUCACCCUUAGGACUUGCCCACACAUCUAGAUCACCCAGCAAUUGUACAGGUUCUCAGUCACAGACUGCUGUUAGUGCAUCUCGCCCUCACGACAAUUUACAAUCUGCAAUGUCUGAUGAAUCACUCGACGAACCUAUUAUUGCAGGUGUAUGCCGCCACCGAGCUGAUUCAAGUCCUAGUCAUGGCGACCCAACUGUCCUUACACCUGUGCACACAAAGAGACUGAAAGUUUAUGCAUUGAAGGUCGCUGGAGAUUUAGGUAUCUCGGAGGAGGAACUUCAUGAAUUUAUUGACACUGGAGGGAUAUACUACAUGCUCAUUGACAUCAAGGCCACCUUGUUGAGGCGGAAUGAUGAUACCCAGAAUGUGGAGCUCACUCAGUUGAAAGAACUGCUAGAUUCUAAGGACUUCAAGUCUGGAAUCCAGAACCGUCUCACUGCGUGCAUGCUGUCACCCAAUAUCACUGCAUAUGUCACUGAUGCGCAUUGUCACAUCAUGGACUUCAUCAGGGAGCACCACGAUGUAUUCAAAAUCCCUGCGGCAAUGUUGGAAGAUGUGGAACUUAACGCGCAACUGUCAAAACUGGUCAGCGACUUGCUUUGCUCAAUCCGCGGCAACAUAAAGGCUAAGACCGCAAAAUCUCUCGCUCAUUACUGUGGCAUUGAGGUCGAUUCCAUGCACUGGAAUAGGUUCGCAUUUUUGCGGCGCUGCUUGCACAUUUUCCUUAUCUGUGUGGAUGACUACAAGAUUGUACCCCUCAAUGCUCUUUUUUCCAACUCACUCAUUUCGUCACUUCACAAAGACCUCUGUGUCACAAUCAACCAGAAACUCAGAAUUGAUAUUGAUGCUAUCAAACGCAGGAUGCAUGGCGACAUCAAUCAAGACAUUGAGCCUGAUGCUCCUGUUGCUGACAUCGAAGGCUACUUAGAUGAAGAUCAGCUGAUGCAUGAUACAGAGAAUACUGACAAUAGUGGCAAUGGUAGCAGCCAUCAAGAUGACAAGGACAAGAAUGCCAGGGACGAAGGAGCAGAGGACGAGUACCAGGACAAAGAAGAUCUACCAGCUGUCAGUGAGGGAAGCUCAGGAUUCAAAGGCAAAGGACGCCAUGCCAUUUACUCUUCAUCCAAGUUCUGGAAAUUCAUAGAUGACUCUCUCAAUGGCAUUUGCAAGCUAGCAAAGACCCAGGUCAGUGAGCAGGGACCAAACAGUUCUCUGACAUAUGAACACACAUUUCGCGAUAUCCUUGUGGAAUAUUUUCAACUAGACCUCACUGAAUUUCCCGGAAAGAGAGUCGUUCCGAAGCUCCUCAGCACCACUAGUCCCCAGUGGCAGACUACCAUCCAGAACAAGCUCUUAUGA